GACUUUCUAAUCGUUGUUUUUGUGCUCAUUCAGUAAUCUUUCUGAUUUAAAUACAAUGCAUAUCACUCCAUAAACCUUCCGGACCCUGAUAUUUAAUUUUACGUUUAAAGACAUACAGUAUGAGGUUUAUACAGCUAAUAAUUGGCUGUGAACAAUGUGUUUACUGUUUUUCCUGACUUUAUUUAUUCAGUAUACUCUGAGAAUAGAAUCUGAUGUAUUUUCACAGCUUGAACAAUAUGAGUUAUUUGAGAGACCAUCCUUUCGUAUCGCUCGAGAUAUUAGUGGACGGCAGACCAGGCAAACUGUAUUUUAUGCAUGGGGAAGAUCAUGGUAUUUGGUUCUUCAUCGUGAAACAUCGUUUCAUAAUUCUAACUUGUCAGUCAGAUUUAUCAGUACAAAUGGUACCUACUCUUUUUAUCCGAAAACAAAAUAUGCAGAAUUACAUACUGGCUAUGUAUCAGGUUCAAACCAAUCAUUUGUGUUAGCUCAUUUGGAACCAUACACUUCACUACUUAGCGCUCAUAUUCAUAUGGAAUCAGAUAUUUUUGUUAUUGAGCCAUUGUCUGAUUACACAAGCUAUAUUGGAAAUAAUUCUAUGUUAAUGUAUCGCCUAAAAGAUAUUCAGUUUAAAAAGAUACUAAAUAAGUCGAUGAAUUAUAAAUCAGCCACUUUAUUGGCCCUAGAAACUGAUACAUUUGAUGUCUAUAUUAGACGAAAACGUUUCAACCCCAUACAAUCACAGCGCAAACUUUGUCGCCUUACACUCGUCGCUGAUUACGAUUUUUUUACUAAUUUGGGAAAUAGAAAUGGACCUAAAACUAUCAGUCAUGUUGUUAGUUUUUUUAUUAUUUGUUAUCAUGUUAAUUUAACAAUUUACAUUCUUUUACUAAAGAUUAAAGUAUUUGACCGGUUAAAUUAUCUGUUUCUUACUUCAAAAUUUUUGGAUGAUAAGCAUGAUGAAAUGAUUGGCUAUGGCUUUUUAUUACAUGAGAUCGUAAUCCAUGAAUCAUGGACAGCUGAUCACGGUCACUAUAAUUCACCAACUGAUUUAGGUGGGAAAAUCUGGACAGCUACAUCCCUGUUGCGUGCAUUUAGUCGAUUCGAUGCGAAACAGUCUUGUUUGGCUCAUUUACUUAGCUACAAAAGAAUAGAUGAAGGCAUUUUAGGGAUGUCUUGGUUGGCCUCCCCGGAUCCAAAGAAGUUAGGCGGUAUUUGUUCCCCACCUCUUCGUCGAAAUAAUAAAAAGGAUCUCUAUUUAAAUACAGGAUGGACUACUUAUGUAGAUUGUAAUGGUCAACAACUAGUGAACGCUUUGGCUGAAUUAAUCACGGCUCAUGAAUUAGGACAUAGUUGGGGCGCAGAUCAUGAUCCUGACACAGAUGAAUGCAAUCCUGCAGCUAUAAGUUCUGGAAAAUAUUUAAUGUAUACCUAUUCAGUUUCAGGUUACGCUGAAAAUAAUGGAAAAUUUUCACCAUGUAGUUUACGGACAAUUGGCGCUUGUUUGGUUACUCGUGCUCCAUUAUGUUUUGAAGAUUCAUCUGCGGCUCUUUCAAAUCUUUGUGGUAACAGUCGUAUUGAUGAGGGUGAAGAAUGUGAUGCUGGUCGCAAUCCACAUGAUCCUUGUUGUAGUUCUGAGUGUUAUUUUAGAACAGGUGCUCACUGUUCACCUUGGAAUCAUGGUUGUUGUACUUCUGAUUGUCAGUUAGCACCAAAGAAUACCAUUUGCGCACAAACUAGCAGUACUAAUCCUUGUUUAGGACCUGGUCAGUGUAAUGGUUUAUCAUCUAUUUGUCCAGGUCCAACACUUUUAUCCGGUGGUCAAUGUGAUGAAUAUGGGCGAUGUUUUCAGGGUAAAUGUCAUCCGUUUUGUUCUAGUCUGGGACUGGAAACUUGUAUCUGUGAUUCAGUUGAAGAAUCCUGCUUUAUUUGCUGUUUAUUUCCAACAUCAAAUUCAACCACAAAUCAAAGCACCGUAUGCCUUCCUGUUACAUUGUCCCAAAAUGAAUAUCUAUUACAUUCUAAACAGAAUACUGUAGAACAUUCAGAAUCUUAUAAAUCCUAUUCAAUGAUUUAUCAUUCAAGACGAUCAACUCUGUAUUCUAUGCAUAAGUUUUUACUAUCCUCGUCUACCAUAUUACGGUUGUAUGAUAAACACUCACCAAAUGAUACAUAUCAUUUCGCUGUUGAUAAUAAAACUCAAAAACUAGCUACAACUGAUUUUAACGAUAUUAAUUCAUACUAUCAUAAACAACCUUUAGUACAUAUUCAUUUGCAAGAUUAUCGGCCAUGUCUUAAUGGUUAUUGUAUGGCGGGAAAAUGUAUAGAAUCGAAAAGUAAGCGGAUAUUACGAUUUUGGACACCAGUUCAUUAUUCUAAACACAAGAAUCUCGGCACCAUUGCUUGGGACAAUCUGGUAUUUUUCGCAGUCUUCUUAUCACUUAUCGUAUGGAUACCAUUGAGUGCAUGUGUUGCUCACUUAAAUAGGUAUCAUGAACGAAAUUGUUAAUUACUAAUUAAAAAGUUAUGAAUCGACGAGCCACAUAUUCUGUCAAUCAUAUGAGAAACAAUAUUUACCUUCAAGCAGCAUUUUUAGUGAUUCAUAUAUUUUCCACAUAUAAAUAUUUUAAAAGUAUAUAACAUUAUUAUAAUCUAUUGAACUUUUUCUCGAUCAGUUUCUAUCUUGUUUAUGAUAUAAUUUGUUAUUGUGUCCCCAUUCAAUCCAAUCUUCUAUCAUACUUUGUAUACAUAAUCUUCCCUAUUGUGUUUUCUUGUUUUCAAAUGUAUAAAAACUGUAGCAUGUAUAUGUAAAAUCUGUUUUCCUUUAUUCUUCUUGUGUGUGUAAUUUUUACUGAAGUUUCUCUUUUUUUAAACUUAAUUUCUUAGGAGUCAGAUUUUUAAGUUCAGUCGCGUGAAAAGUGAGAUAAAUACCGUUGAGUUGUUUGUUUUUCGUUUUCUCUCUUUAAUAUUUCAUCCACUUUAUGCAUUAUGUAUCAAUUUGUUCAUUUGUUCAAUGUCAAAUUUUAUUUCUUAUAUCAAAACUUUGAACAUUUUUCCUCUAAUUUACGUUUAAUUCUAACUUGUUUUGUAUUAUGAUUUGUAUGAGUUUGAGUUUAAAGUAAGAAUACAACGAGAGAUACUUUUAAUAUGAAAGCGGAUGUAAUACGACUAAAUAGGUAUGUCAGAUCGUGAAUACAUUCAAUGAAAGUUUUUAACGAUAACAACUUACAUUCGAGUAAGAAUAGAUGUGAUACAUUUCAGGAAAGUUUUCAUUCCUCAAGAAAUGUCAUUAAGAUAAAUAAACAUAGCAGAGUAU